UCGUAAUGAAGAAAAUAUACAAAAGCGAAUGUAAAUCUCCGUUAUGUGUGUGUGUAAUAAAAGUUGCGAAGUUCAGUUUGCUUUUUGUAGUUGACGCUAAUGGACGUAGUUGUUUGUGCUUAUGUGGUGCUUGAAAAAUUAAAUAAUUAAAAAUAAUAACAAAACAAACAAAUCAUAAUAAUAAGUUUGGAACAGUCAUCAAAAGCACAAAAUAAAAUAACCAUUUACUAAAAAGUAUGUUAAAUUAUAUAAAAGAUUCUAUAAUGUCCACGAGUAACAGGAAUAUAAUGACUAUAAAAGGUUAUAAAAUAACUGAUAAUGAUCGUACCAAAAAAUACGGUAUUGGUGCAAACUCAUUGCAAAUGCUUACGAAUAAGGCUAUGCUGAAGUUUCCUAUAAAAGAUUUGCGCGUUUAUCUGUCAUCUGAUGGUUUUGAAGUCGUUGACGAAGAUUAUUUUUCUACAUUGGAACCACAAACACUGUUUAUAAUUGCAGGUCCGGAUGAAAUAAUUACAACAGAUGGUGAUUAUGAGUUUGAAAAACUUCGCCAACACUCCCCAUUACUUAAAAUUGCAGAUAUAAUCUAUGAAUUUAUCGAGCAGAAUCCAGACAAAUUCCGUCGUAUGAUCACUGCUUAUGAGGAUCGUAGAUUGCGUCAAAAGCUGGAUAACACAAAAACACAUCUCAGUCUUAAAAGUGAACAUCAUGAAUGGUUUGAAGGGCAAGAAGAACGCUGCCAUUCAAAAGAAGAGGCUAUGGCCAGACGCGCACAAGACCGUGUUCGUGGAUAUUACUAUAAAACAAAAGAUGAACUAACGCGUAAUAAGUUAUAUCGUCAGAAUUUAAAAGCGCGUCAUGUAUUUGAUUCUAUAAUGGAAAAGUUUCGUUACUUACUUAUUGGUUGUGAUUACUUUUCUAUGAUUUUCGAUCGUAAGUGCGACAGAAAACAUGCAUUUUUACAGCAAAGACUGGACGAAACUGAUGCUAGUCGCAUUGUACCUAACAAACGACUGAAGCAGAUCAUAAAGGAGUACACAGCAAAAAAUCAAAUACUGGAUGAAUGGUCGGUUUCGUUAUGCAGUGAUUUAGGAGAGUUUUAUUGUCAAGGCGCUUACUCAGAUAAUGGCAACUGUUGUAGUUUACAACACAACAUAAAUCCGUAUGCUUCCCGCGAAAACUUAAUACUCUUCCAGGUUUGGAACUUAGAUCAUCAAAUCGAGCUAUCACGUACAAUACUACCCGCAUUAAUUGAAAAUGUGCGUGAACUUGUUGAGCAUCCGCAGCGAAAGUGCGCACUACACAAAAAACGUGUUGUAGAUAUAUCUGUUCUGGAGUACUUUCUGGAAAUAUUUUCCUUGAAGAAUCUUAAAUUGGUACAUAUUGUGUGCCAUGAAAAAUGCCAACGUGCAAAUAAAUCUAACGGUACACUAAUAUGCGAAGAGUGCCAUGAGUACAAAAUUGUGCAGGAAUUAAUGUCUGUACGUUGUUCUGAAGAGGAACUCAAUGCAUUUUAAGUAUAAAAAUUGCUGCAUUCGUAUUGUACACUAUAAACUAUUUUAAACUACAAAGGAGAAAACAUGGAUACACAUGAUAAUAAUUCCACCAAACACUAAUGUGCGACAUUUGUCGGUAAGUCUUACGGAUAUUGGAAUAUCAAGAAUUAUUACAUAAUGAAAACUAAAACUUUAUAUAAUAGAACGUGAAUCUAUAAAUAGUUAAAAUUAUAGCGAUGUUGCUUAAUGUAGAUAUUUUAUAUUUUGAAAAAUUGUAACGCCUAAACAGUUAUAUGGUUCCACUAUAUAUUUAUUCACUUUUAAAGUUACUAGAAUUGAAGAGAACAUACGCUUUCAAAAUUUAAAUAUAUAAACUAUAUUCAA